AUGAUUAGAAGUAACGGAACUUACAAUAAUGGUUUAAAUAAUCGAAACUUUGCUCAGAUGCUCGAGGAAAUCAAUUUCAAUUUGUAGAGUUUUCCUUUGACUUCUGUAAAUAAUACCAAUAACAGCACAAAUAUAGCAAGCAACCUGAAUACAAACACAUCUUCUUCAAAUUAAAAUAAUGGUCAUGUUAAUAGUAAUUUAAGCAGCAAUCCUCAACCAAGCUCUAUAGUUGGACAUAGUAAUUCUAAUUUAAUUUAAGCUUAAUUUUUACACAGCGAAUCAUCUUCGUAACAAAAUUAAGCUGGACCUAGCUAUCAUAUUAGAUAUUAAUAGCCUUCAAGCAUUAGCAGUAGAUAUGAUAACAAUAGUUAUUAAAGAUAUUCUAACAAUGCUCAGGUUUCUAACGAAUCUAGCUCUACAAAUAAUACACGUAAAAAAUAAAAUUCUAGUCCUAAAAUCUAAGAUAUUUUGACUUGCUUAAUUUGUUUUGGAAAAUUAAAAAAUGCUCAUAUGUGUCCAGAUUGUUAAAAAAUGUGCUGCGAAUCAUGCAUUAAACAAUGGCUAUCAAGUAAAAGUCACUGUCCUCACUGCAGAUCUCAUUUAAGACCUUCCAAUUUGAUGAAAUGUAGAUUUGUCAACGAAAUCACAACAGCUCUUGAAAAGAUAGAAUAAAUUGAAUAGAAGAAGGAGAAAUAAGGUAUUUGCGAAGAACAUGACAAUCCUCUUCUUUAUUAUUGUUAGAUUUGCAAGCAUCCUGUUUGUUCUGACUGCGGUAUGAUAGGAUCACAACAUAAAAAUCAUAGAUUUGAUAAAUUAAAUUCUGUUUAUGAAACACACGUUAAAUAAGUACGUUAAGAGCUAAGUGCCGUUAAAAAAAAAUUAUAGGAAUUAAAUAAGUAAUAACAAGAAGUAGAUGUUGUUAUAGAAAAGAUUACUAAAAUGAGGGAUGAUAAAGCUGCUUCACUCACUUAGCAAAUGGACUAUGUUAAUAUUAAAUUAAAUGAUCUGCUGAAAUCUAAAUUGGAAAAACUCUCUUUACAAAGAGGACCUAUUUCUGAAGAGAUUGACUUACUUGAAAAUAUGAGUGAGGAAAUAAAUGAAUAUAUAGAAACUCUACCUAAAAGCAUUCUUAUUAGCAAAUCAGGAGAAAUCGUCAAAACAUUAGAAGAAAUCAACAGUAGAAGAGUUAUUAAGAAUUUCAUUGGAGAUAACGAGAAAAAAUUAGAAUUCUAAUAUGAUAUGAUUCCUCCUUAUGAUUCUGCAGAUUAUUUUUUACAAAAUUAUUCAGUCAAGAGAAAGAGUGCAGAUGUUUCUUACUCUGAAACUCUCUAUGCUCAUGGAAAUGAAUGGAGAUUAAAGGUUUAUUUAAAUGGUAAAGAUAAAGCAAAAGACAGUUUUCUCUCUGUUUUUGUUGAGAUGACAAAGGGCAGUGUCAAACCCAGCAAUUUCGAAUACAGAGUAGAAAUGAUUAAUCAAGUUAAUCCUGACCUUAGAGUAACAAGAGAAUUUAUCAGCCCUUUUGAAACAGGGGCAACAUGGGGAUAUGAAAAAUUUUUCAAAUUAAGCUAAUUAGAAUCAGAAGGUUAUUUGCUUCCAGAAAGUGAUAUGCUAAUUUUCAAGUAUUACGUCAGAUCUCCAAGCUAUAGCCAGUUUUGUUAAAGCAAACAAAAUAGAAUCGAAGAGUUAGAAGCUAAAAAUUUACUUCUUUAAGAAGAGAUAAAAUAGUUGAAAGAAAAUUAAUCUCAUAAUCAACGCUAAAUUUCAAAUGAUGAUAUCAGUCAGCUUUAGGUUAGUGAGUAGUUAAAAUUUGAAGGUAUUAAUGAAUCUAAGGCUGAUAACUUUGAGCUUGAGACUUUUAUCAAUGAAGUUGAGAAUGGAAGUAUUUCCAACAUUAGAUCUUAACUUGAAAAUUACUUAAAAUAAAAAGCUUUGGAAGAAUUCGCUAAAAGUGACACUGAAGGGGAAUAAUAUGAAGCUAAUCAAAAUAAUUACAAUCAUCAUGAAGAUGCUAGAGAAGGUGAUGAUGAAAACUAAGAAGAUGAAGAUGAUGAUGAAGAAGAAGAAGAAGAUGAAAAUGAUGAUCAUGAACAAAAUGAUGAUGAAUAGGAGGAGGAAGAUGAUCAUGAUGGAAGCAGUGAUGGAGAAUAAGAAAAAUUCGAAAGCUAAAAUUAUAUUGAGAAUUUAAAAGAUCACUAAGAUGAAGAUUCGCUUUAUGAUAAUGAGGUUGACGAAUAUUAAUAUAAACGCUCCAACAACAAUGGUAAUAAUUAAAAUAAAGAAUUCAUGGAAAAAAUUAUCUAAGGGGAACACAAAGCUUCUUUGGAUGAUUAUGAUAACGAUGAUGAACUCGAAAAUAAUCAAAGUGAACCCAUGGAAUAUGAUUCUUUUAUUGAUGAAUUGGCAGCUAAAAAAUUGAAGAGAAAAUAAGAACUAGAAUUUAUUGAAUAGCAAAACUUAAAGGAGGAAUUGGAAUUAAAUAGCAUUGCAAAAGAUAUUUAAGAUAUCUUAAAGCAAGAAAACACUAAAUCUUAGUACAAUUUUAAGACAGAAGGGUAAUCAGAUAAGAAUAAGAGAAAUGAAGAUUAAGAUGAAAUUGAUUUAUAUUGUAAAAUGGAAGAAGAAAUUUAAUUCAACGAAUAUUCUAACAAUCUACAAUAGCUAGGAUCUAAAUAAAAUAAUCAAUUGAACGAUAAUUAAUUAUAGAAAUCUUUCUAGUUCAGAGACUAGGAAAUAUCAGCUAUUCUCUAAGGAUCUAAACUAACAGAUAGGGCUGUUUCUUAGAAUGAAGAUAAAUAAAAUUUAGUUUAGUCUGAAUAAAAUAUGCAACCAAGCAUCUAAUAAUAGACAAAAGAUAAUGAUUACAGAUUGCGCUGGAAUGGAAUCAUGUAAAAUGUCAGCUAAGCUCUUAAAAGUGGAGAUUCUGCUAAUGUUAAUUAAAGCCAAUAACUCACUGUUAACCCAUACUCAUUAAAAACAAACUUGCUGCAGUAAAAUAGAAAAGAAAUGAUACAAUAAGACGAAGACAACAAGAACGAUUUGCAUUUAUUAGAAGAGUCAAAAAUAUGCAAUGAAAAUGAUGAUAAAUUAGCUAAAAGUACUUAAGAAAGCGAUUUUCCUGAUAUUUAUAUGAUGCUUGAUGAUAUUGGAGAUAAAGUACACUUCAUUCCAGUUUCCUAGCAUGAAAGUAUGAAUGAAAGUUCAAUUAUGAUAAAAAAGAAUCUAUUACCAGAAUUCGAGCAAGAAGCUCUACGCAUUGAAGAAAAGAAGCUUGAAGUUUAACAACAUUAAUUGCAACAAUAGCAGUAAAAAAUGAGAAAUUUAAUAUCUGGAAACUCAGCCGCAUCCACUCCUACCCAAAUCCAAAAUAUCACCCCUAAUUUAAAAAGCGAGAAAAUCAAUGAAAAUUAAAGCAUAGCCUCAACAAAAAGUAAAUACUACAACUGCGAAGAAUAGGCGUUUUAAUCAGUUAAAAAUAACUCUUAUUAACCUACAUUUAGUUAAUACUAGCAAUAAUAAGAACAGGCAAAGCAAGGUUUGUCAAGCAAUUUAUUCAAAGAUAAAAAUAUCCAUCAUUUUGACUCAUUUAUUUAGAGAUAUGAGAGUUAAUUUAAAUCAGAAACAACUCACAACACUUAAAGAUCUGAUGUUACUAAAAAUGAAGGAAUAAACAACUUAAAAAGCGAUAGACUUUAUACCUAUUAAGUUAAUACUAAUAAAGGAGAAGGAAAAGAACCUAUAUCAUUUGAAACAUAAUAAUUUAAGUAUAACUUCAAAAAGAAUGAUGGAGAAUAGAGCUAAGCACAGUCUCAUAAUCUUAAUGAGAAUAGAGGACUUAAUAAUUCUAUCUCUGUUUAAUCUUUGUAGGCUUCUCAAAACAGCUAAAAUAACUUACAGGCAGCAUCUAAAAAAGAAGAUGUCAGUAAUUUGUUAGGCCAAUUUACAAAUCCUACAUUAAGCAAGCUUGUUGCUUCUCAUUCACAAUAAAAAGAGCAAGAAGAAUCUAAUAAACCUUCUUUAAAUAAAAAUUCCACAACACCAAUAAAUUCUCUUUUGCAAAACAAUUUUACAUCUUCAACAGCAAACUAUGUAAACAAAAAGAAUUAAAGCAAAAUUGAUAAAUCUGAAGCAGCAAACGAUGAUUAGGAUCUAGAAAUAAAUGAUUUAUUAGAGAAAGAAAAUAAAGAUGAUUCACUACUUGCUAUGGAGAGAUAAAUAUAAAAAUUGGAGAUGAUGAACAAAUUAGAAGAAGAAACGAAAGGAAAAAGCACUCUCACUCAAUAAAGAGUGUUACAAUCAAAAGAUUAAACUUAACUUAAGCAAUAAUCAUCCAAUUCAAAUAGUUAAUAGAAUUAUUCUGAGGCAAGGAAACAACUUAUAAGUUCAAUUAAUUUCUCAGAAGAUUUCUUAAAAAAGAUUAACAAAGUAAAAUAAUAUGGAAAUCUAACAUGUACUGCCCAAGGAGAAAAUUCAACAAAAAAUAAAUAACUUUAAAACAAAUAAGAUGGUUCAAGUUUACAGUCUUCCUCUUCCUUAGCAGGUGAAAAUACAAAUAAUCAAUAAAUAGAAAAAUCCCAAUAAAAGAAUUCUGGUCUAACUUAAGAACAAGCUAUAAACACUUAUUUAUAACCUAACUAGCAAUGUCAGCAAGAAAACAAACAAUAAAACUCUUAAAACUUGAAUGUUAGCCUACCAAUAACUAAGAAUCAAUCUCCUGAAAGUGAAAGUAGCGAUAUUAAGCUACAAGAAGAAGAAAUUAAAAAACUAGAAAGCCUUGUUGUAGAAUAAAGCUAAGAAAAAUGA